GCAACAUACCAGCAGUGCAAACAGAAACGACCCAGGGCUAUAACAAGGAUGCACUUCAUUCAGAUAACUUUGGCGUCUCUUUUGCAGCAUUGGAAGAUGAUGCGAUUGUUGCUCGUGUGUCUGCUGCUACCAACCGCUACUGUUUUUUCAGAAGAGUUUGAAGGAUCAACUUUUGAAGGCUUCGAUGAUGAGGAUGCGUUAGAGGAAAAUGUGAUUGAAGGGGUUCUGGACACCGAUGACUCAGAAAUGAUUAUUGAUAAAAGCAAAGGUCCAAAUGACAAAACCGAUCAGUUCACUCUGAUUGUCAUCAUUGGAACCGUGAGUGUGUUGACCGUCUCAGUUACAGCCAUAGUUGCUGUAAUGUUGGUAAGACGCCAAAUGCACAAACAACAGCAAGGGAUAUACUCUGUACCUACAGAGCAGGACCAGAAAGGGGCAGUCUAGUUCCUGAAAAAGAAUUCAGUCCGGAACACACAUGUAUGCAAGAGCGACUCACCAGGCAAUAUCAUCUCAUCAUGUGGAUUAAGCUUUUUUAAUAGCUAUGCUUUAAUUGCUCCACCAAAACAUAUCAAUCUAUAAGUAAUGCUGUUAUACAGUUUUUUUUCGUUGUCCCUGCUGUUUGUUCCCAACAAGAACCCAAUUUAUGGACAUUUGGAACAUAUUCAAACCUUCUAAUUGGAUUCUAUUUUAGGAAUGUGAUUCAAAAGGCUAUAAAUAUGGCGAAAUGCUUUUAUAAAAGCGUAUUUAUUUGCACUGCCAGCAGUCCCCUGGUGUUUCAUUAGCAGAAAUAAGCUGAGCAGUGACUGAAUGAUGAACUUGGCACACGUGGAGUAGACCUAUCCAUGUGAAAUGGUUGCUGACUGAGACUAAACAUGCUAAUCCAAACUAAGUUAGGAAAGAUGUCCGCACUUGCUUCUCUGGGUCACCUGUCUGGCAUUUUUUCCCCUUGCCCAUUAAGACUGACAGCAGGCUGUGGAAGAGAAGACAAAAAGUACCAAAGAAAAAAAAAGGUACCAUCCCCAUCUUCUCAUCAGCCAGCCCAAAAAAGAGAAAACUGAAGAAAACUGUCUGGUUAAACGCUCACUCUUAAAGCCGCAAAUUAAUUGAAGGCCGUGAAUGGGGUUGUUUCAUAGUUUGUUUGUUUUUUUGUUUUGGAAAAUUCUCUUCAAAAUCCACUGUUGUGCAGCUUGUAAAUAGCCAUGUGACUGCCAAGGAGGCAGGUUAAUGGCUCACAGUCGUUGGAGGAGAAGCUCGGUGUGAAAAUCUCAUGAAUCAAAUAAAGCCUAAUGGACAAUUGGGGAACAUAGCAACAAUACCUCUAUUCCAUCUAUACAGAGCAUGAUGUUUCCCUGUUGUCAUUUUAGUGGGAAUCAAUCGUUCCCUGUGAAGCAAAGCUUUCAUUUCAACAACAGAAGUCGUUCGUUAUUUAGGGAGGGGAGACUUUGUAGCUGAGGUUGAAAUGGAAGGGGCAUUCCUUUUCAGUUUCCACUUGGGUAAUGAGAAAGGUAACAUGGAAUAUUUUCGAAACAAGUUUUCAUCUCACAUUCCCAUUACUCCUUACAACAGUUUGUAGCCGUGUAAACAUUUCAAGAGGAACAAAAAGUAAUUGCUAUACAAAAAAAUUUCAGUUUAUUUAGUAUCUUUAAAACCUUUUCCUCUGAUUGCUUGUACAGAAAUCCCCGUAUUAACACAUCAUUUGGCCAGACUCCUGCCAUUCUUUCCUUUUAUUUGGCAAAAUCUUAACUUUGUCAAACAUUGUUGCUUUGAAUGUCUCAUAUGUGCAAAUUUAGUCUAUUAAUCGCAUUGUUUUUUGUUUUUAUUCAGCACCCUUGGUUGAAAGCAUUUCAUUGAUGUUAGUUGUAGACUAAUAUGAUUGUAAAAUAUUUAUCAAAAAGAUAAAAUCAGGACAUAAGGGUGAAUGUCUGUUUAUAUGUUUUGUUUUAUUUGUGUAUGAGUUAUUUUGUAUCAGCAUUUGUUUUUUGUUUUUUUCCAACAGGUAAUAAAGUACACGAUCCUAUAAACAAGAUGUAUUAAAGGAUUAAGAAAAGUUAUAUUGUUUGUGCAUCUGGAAUGUGUUUUGUUCAGAUAUCAUUUGGAACAUGUCCUUAAAUAGUGUUUUAAAAUGUGUUCGUGCUCUUUUUGUUUUGUCCUCACCCAUUUGCAUCGUGUUUGACGUCACGUCACCAAGGUAAUGAAGGCAAUGUGCCUAUCAUUCAUUUUUGAGCUAUCAUUCAUGUCACACCAUUAAAACAAUUAUGUCUGUAUAAAAAAGGCGCCAGGUUUACAUCCACGUGUGCUCUGGACGAAAUUGCCAACUUGUCAUUUGACACGGGUAAAUUUGUAUCAUCCUGUAUUUUAUUGAAAUGAAUAAGGAAACAGAGAAAAAUAUAGUACCACUUUUUGGUUUGUGAACACAAUUCAACACAAUGUAUUGUGUGUUAAACACACAUCACAAUGUCAAUUGGGCAUUUGGGACCCAGUUCCAUUUUAUUGGUUAUACUGUACCAGUAGUCUUUUAUGACAAUAGUAUCUCUUGGUUUCUUUGCUUCAGUCUAUAAGACCUGGAAAACACAAAACACUAUGACUAUCUUAACAAACACAAUUACUGUACCUCUGAAGAGAAAACCACGCAUUUUUUUGUUGUUGUUGCAGUUAAGACUCUUAUUAUUAGGACCAUUUAAUCAUCACGAACAUCAUUGUCAGCAUUCUGUUGGCUCAAGUGAUUGAUUGUACGUCGUAUCUCAUCCAGUGGUGUGAUAUGAAUUACUCAGCCCAGUUAACAUUUUGAUAAGCAGCUAGCCUUCAUACAUAUUGGAGCUGUAUUUUAAACACACACAAACACUAUUGGCCAGCACUUUCUUAAACCACUCAGCAAACAGUCUAUCAUCACAUUUUUUCCCUAUCAUUAUAAAAAGUGAAAAUGAUUAAAGUUCUUACUUCGAUGACCUCUUGUGACACUUGGGAAGCCGACAUACCUUACCACCUACACAAGAGAGUGAGAACAAAAGUUGAACUAUUAAUCAUUGUAAUUUC